UUCCUCAUGGCACGUGCUGUCUCCGACUUGAUGCCCAGGCAGAGAGAUCAAGGCAAGCAAAGCAUAUACCCAACUCACGGGCCAGAGCGCACGAUUCCCAGUUCCAUGCUCGGGAUGCGUUGAUCCCGAUUCCGAUUCGAAAUUCCGAUUCAGCUCUGUUAUGUGAUGAUAGUUGAUGGUUCUUCUUCUCAGCUGCUUUUCAAGAGAAGGAGACUCGCCAUCCACGACCCCAUGGAAGCUGAACCGGCCAAGGCAAAGCUUGCUGACAUGAAGGAAAAAUUUGGACGUGAAAUACGUGUGUUUGAAACUUCAGUAAGUUCUCCGACACAAAAUGCAGCUCCAGAUACUGAUGAAACAGAUGAGUUCUAUGAUUUCACUGCGGAGGAUUAUCACCGACUUUUGACUACCAAAAAAGAAGAAAAAUAUUUAAAGACCAGAAAACUCCGAGAAGCAGACGAGGCAGCACGGCGCUCGAGAAUGACAAAGACUGUUAUAAGGGUACGGUUUCCUGAUAAUCAUACACUGGAGGCUACAUUUCAUCCAUCAGAGAAAAUAGAGAGUUUGGUUGAUCUCCUUGAGAAAGUGGUUGCUAAACCUGAACUGCCAUUUUAUAUAUAUACUACUCCACCCAAGAAGCAAAUAAAAGACUUGUCUCAGGACUUUUACUCUGCCGGCUUCAUUCCUGGUGCAAUAGUUUAUUUUUCUUAUGACACUCAGAAAGUUUCAAAUGAGGAUAUAGCAGCCGCGGAGAUGGGUCCUUUCCUUCAAGAGUAUGUCAUGGCUCUGAAAGGCUUGGAGCUCAACAUUGAGAAGGUAGAGCCGGUUCAAUCUGCACCAGAGCCUGUAGAGCCAGCUCCUCCGCCUGUCGUCCAAGAGCGCAAGCCUGCUGCGAAAAAGCCUGUUAAGCCAAAGUGGCUUAAAAUGUGACUUGCAUCGUGAGUAUUACCUUUAGACUCUCUUUUUCCCCCCUGCACGAUAUCUGUCACUUUACGAUCCCUAGGUUUGCUCUUUUCUUGGAUUAUGCUGAUCUCAAUGCAGGCGCAGUUAACUCAGGGUAACUUGCAUCACUGUGACACUUUGGACCAGUUAAUGUGGGCAACUGGGCACUCAAUUCUGAAAGUGACUCUCCUCAUGGAGAGAACCUUGUAUUUUGAUCAUGUUUAUUGUAAAGCAGCAGCAUCCUUCCUGAUUGUCAAGUUAUGUAUAUCCAUUCGUAGGAUUCCCCA